AUGGAAGGCAAUGGUAAAGCAGAAGGCGCCAUGGAAAUGUUUGGAGCUCAGGCUCAUAUCUAUAAGCACGCACGCAACUACGUAAACUCCAUGGUUCUUGCCACUGCAAUUCAGCUUAAUAUUCCAGACAUAAUCCACACCCAUGGAAAACCAAUUACCAUUCCGGAGCUUAAAGGCAGAGAAGCUAUCAUCGCAAAUAAGGGGAAGGUGAUCAUCAUUGACAUGGUUUUGGGCGUAGAAGAAGACAUAACUGAAAUGAAGCUCAUAUUUGAUGUUCUAAUGAUGGUUCUUGUUACUGGGAGGGAACGAACAGAGAAGGAAUAUGAAAGGCUGUUCAUUGAGUCGGGGUUCACUCGCCACAAGAUAACCCCAAUAUUUGGCCUCACGUCUCUCAUUGAGGUGUUUCCGUAG